AUGCCUCCAAGCCAGUAUCAUAAGCCGGAAACCGCGUUGACUAAAGCAAGAGAACUUAUAAAAUGUGACAAAAAGUCUAACGCUUUGGAAAUUUUGUACGAAGUGAUGCGAGUUAGACGAACUAAACAAUGGCAAAAGGUCUUAGAAGAAUUAAUGAUGCUGUUUGUUGAACUUUGUGUAGAACUCCGUAAGAACAUCCACUUCAGAAAAGCAAUUUAUACGUACAAAAAUAUGAGUGUUAUGGAAAACACUAUUUCACUCGAGCAAGUUAUUCGUUAUUACCUGAACCAGAUAAAGGGUAAAACUGAAGAAGCUCAAGAAGUGUCAAAGAGUGCUAUCAUGGAAAUUGAGGAUUUGGAUGUCCUGGAAACUCCAGAAAGUCUCAUGUUAAAUGCAGUUAGUAUGGAGGGUACUCAAGACCGAUCUGCUAGAACGAUUCUGAUGCCAUGGUUAAAAUUUCUCUGGGAUUCCUAUCGUUUGGUGCUAGAUUUGUUACGUAGCAAUUCGAAGUUAGAAAAGCUGUAUCAUGAAGUAGCUCAUGAUGCUUAUAACUUCUGCUUGAAGUAUGGUCGGAAGACGGAAUUCAAAAAGCUGUGUGAACUGAUUCGACAACAUACUCAAAAAGUCCAGAAUCAGUUACAACCUAAUGCACCUAAUGCUAUAAAUUUGAAUAAUGCCGAAACACAGACAUUACACUUAGAGACUAGAUUACGACAGUUGGAUUGUGCUAUGGAACUAGAUAUGUAUAACGAAGCUUUUAAAACUGUUGAAGAUAUUUGGAGUUUUAUGAUGAUUUCACGAAUACAUGCUAUGCCUUCAUUAAUGACCAAUUACUACUCAAAAACAGCGGAACUUUUUCGACGAUGCGGUUGCCAUUUAUAUCACGCUGCUGCUUUACACAAACUUUACACGUUAUAUCGUGAUCAGAAAAAGAAUUUAACUCGUGAAGAACUAUCUGAUCUUGGAUCUCGUGUACUUUGUGCAACUGUUUCCAUUCCUUUGCCAAAUGCGAAACUGAAUGCUGACAAAUUCUUAUCUGGCGAGUACACUAUUAUGAAGCAGAAAACACUUGCUGGACUUUUGGGUCUCAUUCAAGUGCCAACUCGUCAAAGCUUAAUACGUGAUCUGGUUCGUCAUAAAGUGCACACCGUUGUCCCAUCAAAUUUAGCUAAGUUGUACCAAGUUCUAGAAGCGGAUUUUCAACCUUUGAAACUUUGGGAACUUGUUCAACCAGCACUUGCCCAUAUUACCACCUGUUCAGAUCUCCAAGUGUACAUUACGCAAUUGCAUGAUGUUAUCGUAGCAAAAACACUUCUACAAUUAUCUCAAGUCUAUCAAAGCUUGGAUUUCAACGAAUUUUUCAAACUAUGUCCAUUCAUGGAGCCUAUUCGACUUGAAAGGAUUGUAAUUGAGUUGAUUCAUAAUUUGGAACUGCCUAUUCGAGUCAAUCAUUUACAACAAGCGAUUUUCUUUGAUAAAUUUACCGAUCUUGGAAUAAGUCAAUGUGAAUAUGGUGGACAGUUAGUAUCACAGUCAACCCAUGUAAAUGACCCAGACAAAUUGUCUCGUCAACUAACAAUGUUUGCUCAAGUGAUGCAACAGAUAACUGAUAUUCUGGAAGUUGGUCAGUCUUUAGCUAAUUGUCGACGUGCACUUGUUCAAGAUUACCGGAAAAAUGAAAAAGUCUUACGCAGUGAAUUGCUUAAUCGACGUUGUUUAAUUGAAGCCCGAAAGGAAGAGAUUGAGACGUAUCAGGGUAAACGAGAUCAGUAUUACAGCAUUGUUGAAGCAAGACGUCAAGCGGAACAAGAGCGUCUAUUGAAAGCGGAAGAAACCAAUUUGGCCAAUGAAGCUAUACAACGUGAACGAAUGAAAACUGAAGAUGAGAAAGCUCGUCUAAAAUUACGAAUGGCACGUACUAGUUUGAAAAUGUUCUUAGAUUUAAAAAUUGAUACAAAACUUGAUUUAAAAGAGUUAACAGAAGAACAGCUUGAAAACUUUGAUGCAGAUAAACUUAUUAACAAGCAAAAACAAGAGGUGAAGAAAAAGCGAAAAGAACUAGCGGAGAAGGCUAAAACAAUGGCGAAAAAAUUGGACUAUUAUACACGUGCUUGUCGAAUUGAAGAAAUCCCAUUGUUACAGGCAAAUAUUGAGCCGGAAGCUAUUGAAUCUCGUGAAUUAUUUGAGCAGAGUGUCAGAGAAAUUGAGGAGCAUUCGAAAGCCGAGCAUGCACGACAAUUGAAAGAACGUAAUCGAUUGAUUCGAAUGAAAUCAGAUGUCCAGCGUCUUGUUGGUCAAUUAAAAGAAGCUCGUGAUAAUCGGUAUAGAGCUAAAUUGGCAGAAUGGGAGGCUCUGUGUGAUCAAAAACGAUCGGAAAGAUUGGCUGAAAGAAGAGCUAAACAUGAGGCUGAAUUAGAAGCUGAGGCACGUCGUCGAGCUGCACAAGAAGCACUUGAACGUGAAGAACAGAAACAACGUGAACUAGCUGCAGAAGCUGAACGUCAGAAACGAGAACAAGAAGCUAAAGAAGCGGCAGAACGUGAGGCUGCUCGAAUUGAGGAAGAGUCCAAGGCAUGGAAACGUGGAGAUAUUAAAAGAGUUACUAUGACAAGUGGACAAUUAUCUACUGAGAAAUCUGAAGCUGAUGUCAAUACAUAUGAACCUGUAUCGGUUAAUCCUUUUGCUCGACAUCGUCAAUCUGAAAUUAGUAGUGCUUCUGGUAACGCAUUCCGUGACUUUCGACGUGAUGAUACGUCAAGAUAUUCAGAUUUUGGUCGGUCAUCCGGAAGUAAACGAGUUGGUUUCGAUAAUACACCAACUCUCCGUAGUGAUCCUUCCAAAGAUACUUGGAGUCGAAGUGGUCCGCGAAGAACUGUUCCUUCUGAAUUUGAUUCGCUUCUAUAUGAAGAUGACUCUGGUAACGCUGGUGGUUGGACUCAGUCAACCCAUGUAAAUGACCCAGACAAAUUGUCUCGUCAACUAACAAUGUUUGCUCAAGUGAUGCAACAGAUAACUGAUAUUCUGGAAGUUGGUCAGUCUUUAGCUAAUUGUCGACGUGCACUUGUUCAAGAUUACCGGAAAAAUGAAAAAGUCUUACGCAGUGAAUUGCUUAAUCGACGUUGUUUAAUUGAAGCCCGAAAGGAAGAGAUUGAGACGUAUCAGGGUAAACGAGAAUCAGCAAGACGUCAAGCGGAACAAGAGCGUCUAUUGAAAGCGGAAGAAACCAAUUUGGCCAAUGAAGCUAUACAACGUGAACGAAUGAAAACUGAAGAUGAGAAAGCUCGUCUAAAAUUACGAAUGGCACGUACUAGUUUGAAAAUGUUCUUAGAUUUAAAAAUUGAUACAAAACUUGAUUUAAAAGAGUUAACAGAAGAACAGCUUGAAAACUUUGAUGCAGAUAAACUUAUUAACAAGCAAAAACAAGAGGUGAAGAAAAAGCGAAAAGAACUAGCGGAGAAGGCUAAAACAAUGGCGAAAAAAUUGGACUAUUAUACACGUGCUUGUCGAAUUGAAGAAAUCCCAUUGUUACAGGCAAAUAUUGAGCCGGAAGCUAUUGAAUCUCGUGAAUUAUUUGAGCAGAGUGUCAGAGAAAUUGAGGAGCAUUCGAAAGCCGAGCAUGCACGACAAUUGAAAGAACGUAAUCGAUUGAUUCGAAUGAAAUCAGAUGUCCAGCGUCUUGUUGGUCAAUUAAAAGAAGCUCGUGAUAAUCGGUAUAGAGCUAAAUUGGCAGAAUGGGAGGCUCUGUGUGAUCAAAAACGAUCGGAAAGAUUGGCUGAAAGAAGAGCUAAACAUGAGGCUGAAUUAGAAGCUGAGGCACGUCGUCGAGCUGCACAAGAAGCACUUGAACGUGAAGAACAGAAACAACGUGAACUAGCUGCAGAAGCUGAACGUCAGAAACGAGAACAAGAAGCUAAAGAAGCGGCAGAACGUGAGGCUGCUCGAAUUGAGGAAGAGUCCAAGGCAUGGAAACGUGGAGAUAUUAAAAGAGUUACUAUGACAAGUGGACAAUUAUCUACUGAGAAAUCUGAAGCUGAUGUCAAUACAUAUGAACCUGUAUCGGUUAAUCCUUUUGCUCGACAUCGUCAAUCUGAAAUUAGUAGUGCUUCUGGUAACGCAUUCCGUGACUUUCGACGUGAUGAUACGUCAAGAUAUUCAGAUUUUGGUCGGUCAUCGGGAAGUAAACGAGUUGGUUUCGAUAAUACACCAACUCUCCGUAGUGAUCCUUCCAAAGAUACUUGGAGUCGAAGUGGUCCACGAAGAACUGUUCCUUCUGAAUUUGAUUCGCUUCUAUAUGAAGAUGACUCUGGUAACGCUGGUGGUUGGACUCAGGUUGGAUCACGUAGAGAAACUGAACGAACAAGACCAUUCGGUAGAGGUGGUAGUACAAUGGGUGGUGGAUUCAAUAGAGCAUCUAAAAAUCUGGAUAUGGACACUGGUAGCUCAACUCCAUGGCGUAGAGAAGGUCCAAAUGCCACAGCGGGCAAAUCACAAGUUUUUGAAGAAAUGAGAGGUGGUAAUGUGAAACGACCUUUUGGUAGCUCAGGAUUCCCUUCACGACUUUCUAGUAGUGGAUUAUCUGACGACAGGAAGUACUAA